GAGUCCCCCUCGUGCUCCCACUCACAACCUCUCUUUCUCAAAGGUAACCACUGCUCUGACUUCCAACAUAAAUUACUUUAACUCCUUCUUUAUAUAUACCUAUAUAAAAAGAUGAAAUUUUAUGUAAAAUUGCAAUAAUGGAUAUAGUAUUCUUUUAAGUAUGGAUAAUUUUGCCCAGUAUUAUGUUUGCAAAAUUAUCCCUAUAUAUUCAUGUAAUUUUCACUGCUUUAUUGUAUUCCACUGUAGGACUGUACCACAAUGUAUUUGUCCAUUCUACUGUUGAUGGACAUUUGGGUUGUCUCCAGUAUUUGCUACUAGAAAUAAUAUUGUUUGAGCAUUAUUGGAGGUGACUUUCCAUGCACAGCUGUACAGACUACCUAGACAUGUGGUAACAGUUGAAUCACAGCACAUGCAUAUGUCCAAUUUUACGCAUGCAUAAGUUCAAUUUUAGUAGAUACUGUCCAAAUAGUUUCCCAAAAAAUGAUUUCCAUUCUCUCUCUGAGGAUAUGAGAAUUCCCAUUGUUCCACAUCAACACCACAUCCUAUGUUGUCAAUUUUGUAAAACUUUAGCCUUUCUUUGAGUGUGGGAUAAUAUCCCAUGGUGGGAUCCCAUGGUAUUUUACUUGUACCUCCUGAAUAACUUUCUGCAAACAUUAAUGUUCAAGCUUUUGUAUUCUUUCUUCUAGGUUUUUGUUUUAAACACUGUCCUGGAGACACUACAUUUGGAACACCAUACACCCAGGACUGGGUGAUUGAGAGCAAAGCUUCUGCCCAGAGGGCAGUCUCCUGGUGAAUCAGCAAGCCCAAAAACAUUACCAUCUCAUUUGCAUCAAAGUCCACGGGUGGUUCCUGCUGACUCAAAGAUACUCAAACCAAUUUUGGAAAAAUAGCAUUUUCCACCAUCCUCAACUAUCCAGACCAUACCUGAAGACUUGAGAGUUUGUUCUUUGUUAUGAAAGCUAUGAAGUCGCAGGCAAACUGUACCCAGAACCCAAGUUGUACAAUCAUGACCUUCUACCCAACUGAAGAAGAGUUUAAUGAUUUUGAGAAAUAUAUUAUUUAUAUGGAAUCUCAAGGUGCACACCGAGCAGGUGUGGCCAAGAUAAUCCCCCCCAAGGGGUGGGAAGCCAGGAAGACCUACGAUGGCAUCAGUGACAUCCUAAUCCCCACUCCCCUCCAGCAGGUGGUCUCGGGCAGGGCUGGUGUGUUCACUCAAUACCACAAGAAGAAGAAGGCCAUGACGGUCGGGGAGUAUUGCCACCUGGCCAACAGUGCUAAAUAUCAGGCACCACCGCACUCGGAUUUUGACGAUUUGGAGCAAAAAUACUGGAACACCCGGCUCUAUGGUUCACCAAUCUAUGGCGCUGACGUCAACGGCUCUUUAUUUGAUAAAAACACUAAACAGUGGAACCUCAGACACCUGGGAACCAUUCAGGACCUGCUGGAGCAGGAGUGUGGGGUGGUCAUCGAAGGCGUCAACACACCCUACCUGUACUUCGGCAUGUGGAAGACCACGUUCGCAUGGCACACGGAGGACAUGGACUUGUACAGUAUCAACUAUGUGCACUUCGGGGAGCCCAAAACGUGGUACGCGGUGCCCCCGGAGCACGGCCGGCGCCUGGAACACCUGGCCGAGGACCUGUUCCCGGCCAGCGCUUCCGGCUGUGGGGCCUUCCUGCGGCACAAGUUCGCCCUCAUGUCGCCCACUGUCCUCAGGGACAACAGGAUCCCCUUCAGUCGGGUCACGCAGGAGGCUGGUGAGUUCAUAGUGACAUUUCCCUAUGGCUACCACGCUGGCUUCAACCAUGGCUUCAACUGCGCGGAGGCCAUCAACUUCGCCACGUCGCGCUGGAUCGAUUAUGGAAAAGCAGCCUCUCAGUGCAGCUGCGGGGAGGCCAGGGUCAGCUUUCCAAUGGAUGUCUUCGUGCGCACCCUGCAGCCUGAGCACUAUGACCUCUGGAAGCGCGGGCAGGAACAGGCGGCAGUGAACCACGUGGCACCCGUGGCGGCGGACAGCCAGGAGCCGGAUGCCUGGGAGUUGUGGGUGAUGAGGAGAGCCGCGCUGGGCCUCCGGGACCUACCGCCCUGCCGCGCACCGCGCCCUGCCCGGCAGGUGGCCGCGGGGCGAGGGGGCCGCCACCGCCGCACCUCUAAGCUCCCCGCGUCUCAGCGCCGCUUGCGGGCCGCUGCUCCUCCCUCUGGGGCUCAGGGCGAGGAUGCCGCUUGUCAGUCCCCGGAGCGCGGCUCGGCCCUGCUGACAACCCCGGGUUCAUCCGACCUGGGUCUCCACCCAACUGGCAGGCGUGAUCCUGGCCGUCGUCCUCGGGAGCAGGGGACUCAGGAGCUGACUGACCAGGCCCUGGCCAAGAAGCGCCUCUUGCUGAGCACAGCAUGUGCAGCUCAGGAUCCUGAUACUCAGGCCCUGUCUUUGGACGGACCCUCCCUGGACGACGCUGCACCGCCGAGCCCUGCGUCCCUGCAUUCUGCUCAGGCUUCUGGGUGCUGCUGUGUCCCUGCACCCUAA